GUUCCGAUCGCAAUGAUCCAUCCCUAUGGAAGCUGCAACGUGAAAGCCAAACUUAUCUCCAAGGAAGAUGUCCGGCGCUUCAAGGGUAGGAACAACACAGACAUGGCUGUCUUCAGUGCGGUCGUGUUGGAUGACUCGAGCGAUAUGAAAGUCACCUUCUGGAAUGAACAGUGUGAAAAGUAUCAUGAUUCUUUGGUGGUUGGACAAUGGUAUGUCUUUUCAAAGGGGAGCUUCAAGGUUGCGCAGAGCAAGUACAACAACACCAAAUGUCAGUAUGAGAUGACAGUCUCGACGAAUACGACAAUUGAAAGGUGUCUGGAGGAAGAUGCGCCGCAGGUUUGCAUCAGUCUGUACAUGAUUGAAGUCAACUGUCUUUUGGUUGAAAAAGGAAAUUUGCAGAAUGUGGACGUCAUCGGAGUCGUGCAAGAAGUAGAGGCUCUUGGAGAAAUUACCAUCAAACAAGGAAGGGACAGUGGAAAGCAAAAGAGCAAGAGGAAUGUAUCUCUGGUGGACAAGUCUGGCAAGACUGUCAGCAUUACUCUGUGGGACAACCAUGCGGAACAAUUUGACACUUCACACGCUACCAAUCAUUCUAUUCUUGCAGUCAGAGGUGCGAGGGUGAGCGAUUACAACGGCUGCUCUUUGAGCACUCUACGUUCAUCCAUGCUCCAGAUCAACCCAGAGACCCCAGAGGCUAAGGACCUGCGGGAGUGGUACUCCUCCUGUGACUCAGGAAAAUCAUUCCAGCCUGUUGGCGAAGGAACCCAGGCUGGGAAGGGACCCGGGGGACCUGCUCCCAGGAAGCUGAUUGAAGCUGUGUCAAAGGAGUCACUGGGCUCCAACACGAGCAAGGCUGACAUCUUCACCAUCAAGGCCUAUGUGACGUACAGCAACACUGAGAAGCAAUGGCAGUAUCCGGCGAACCCGGAGAACAAGAAGAAAGUCGUGGCGAGUGGUGACGUGUGGAUCGAUGAGUCCACUGGCACUCAGAUCGACACAUGCCAGCGGCGUUACAUCACGACCUUUGCUUUCAUGGACCUCACCGGUCGGCAGUGGCUCACCUGCUUCGACGAACAUGCGCAACUCAUUCUCGGAAAGUCUGCGGACGAGCUGUAUGAGAUCGAGUGCACGGACAAGGUGGCGUUCGAGGGUGUGUGGAAGGCGGCAUACUUCAAGGAGUACAUGAUCAAGGUGCGCGCAAAGGCGGAGGAGUACAAGGGAGAGACACGAACGAAGUUUUCUGUGAUGAGCUUGGAGCCAGUCAACUACGUUUCUGAGUCGCAGCACCUGAUCAGCGAGAUCCGCCGAUACCUCAAGUGA